AUUUUUAGAUAUUUUGUUUAGACCGAGGCCUUCCAUAUAAAUGGCCAACAGAAUUAGGGUUUUGGAAGCGAGUCGGAGGCAGAGAGGGUUGUGGUGGCGCUAGGGUUCUCCCGAAAAACUCAGAGAGAGGUCAUUAUUUUCCCGGGAGAAUGUCGGCCGGUGAGCUCGCCUGUACAUACGCGGCUCUUAUCCUCCAUGACGAUGGCAUCCCCAUCACAGCUGAGAAGAUUUCUACUUUAGUUAAGUCUGCAAAAGUCAAUGUUGAGUCAUAUUGGCCCAGCUUAUUUGCUAAGCUUUUGGAGAGGAGGAAUGUCGAGGAUCUUAUCUUGAGUGCUGGCUCUGGUGGUGGUGGUGCAGCUGUGGCAGUUUCAGCACCUGCUGGUGGUGGUGCAGCUGAUAGUGGUGCUGCCGCUGCUCCUGCUGCCGAGGAAAAGAAGGAGGAGCCUAAAGAAGAAAGUGACGACGACAUGGGCUUCAGCUUGUUUGAUUAGAUUCUGUGGUGUGGUUUUUGUGUUUUGUUUUUAUCAGUUUAACGUUAAGUAUACACUAGGUUUUUGUUCGGUUUCAUAGAAGGAAGAUUCUCCUUUGUUAUUUCGUUGCGGAAUGUAAGCAAACCCAGUUCGAACCGUUGCUGGCUGAGUAAUGAAUGCAUUUAACUCACUAUUUUGGUGAUAA